UCUCCACACUGCUGAAUCCUGUCCAUUCACUGAUUGGCUAUUGUCACUUGGAGACGCAUUUUAGCAAGCAUUUUUAUAAUUUAACAAAUUAAAUUACGGAUUUAGAGUAUGAUUUUAAGACUCAUCACUUCUAUGGAAAAACAAGGACACCAAUUUAUAGCUGGGACAAAGUUCAGCCAGAGGGACACCUUUAGAGAAACCUGAUCUCUUGUGUUUCUUCCCUAAAUUGCUCCAUCAAAGAUUUUGGAGGAACUUCCUGUCUUGUCCACAUUUGUAAGUCACUCAUCAAUCCUUAAAUUUAUCACAAUUAUUCUGGAAAAUGGUUGGAUUCGGACCUGCAGAUGUGCCUCCAUCAGCGGCAGUGAAGUUUGUUGGAGCAGGAACUGCAGCCUGCAUCGCUGACCUGUUCACGUUUCCCCUGGACACAGCUAAAGUGCGGCUGCAGAUACAAGGAGAGGCUGGACCUUCUAUAGCUGCAGGGAAAGCAUCUGCAGUGAAGUAUCGUGGAGUGUUUGGCACCAUCACCACCAUGGUGCGUACAGAGGGGCCCAGGAGCCUUUACAGUGGACUUGUUGCAGGACUACAGAGGCAGAUGAGCUUUGCCUCCGUACGCAUCGGUCUCUAUGACUCUGUUAAACAGUUCUACACUAAAGGCUCCGAUCAUGUUGGUAUCGGCAGCCGGCUGCUUGCAGGCAGUACCACUGGUGCCAUGGCUGUUGCUUUUGCUCAGCCAACAGAUGUAGUAAAAGUUCGCUUCCAGGCACAGGCCAGGUCUCCUGGGAAUGCAAGACGCUACUGCGGCACCGUUGAUGCUUAUAAGACCAUUGCUAAGGAAGAGGGCAUCCGUGGUCUGUGGAGAGGCACAGCUCCAAACAUUGCACGAAAUGCAAUUGUUAACUGCACUGAACUGGUGACGUACGAUUUCAUUAAGGAUACACUCCUCAAGUCCACUCCCCUGACAGAUAAUCUGCCCUGCCACUUUGUGUCAGCGUUCGGUGCAGGGUUAUGCACAACAGUGAUUGCCUCUCCAGUUGAUGUCGUGAAGACAAGAUAUAUGAACGCUGCUCUUGGCCAGUAUAGCAGUGUCCUCAGUUGUGCUGCUGCCAUGAUGACCAAAGAGGGACCGCUAGCCUUUUACAAGGGGUUCAUGCCAUCGUUCUUACGCCUGGGCUCCUGGAACGUGGUGAUGUUUGUGACGUAUGAGCAGCUGAAACGAGCCAUGAUGGCAGCGAACCACAACUGCACAACUAUACUGUGACAGCU